GGCUCAUGGAGCUGGCUAGCUAGCUCUCUGCGCGUUGCUCUUCGAAGGAUACCAGAUAUACAUGGAAGUGACCCUAUUCCACCAUGUCUGCAGAUGAAAUAGACAUUGCGGAGCUCUCUCCGAGCGAGCAAGAAGCUCUGCAGACCUACACGACGGUAACGGGCCAGGAACCAUCUGCAGCGAUACCACUUCUGCGUCGUUCGCAAUGGAAUGUCCAGAUUGCCAUCUCGAAGUUCUUCGACGGGGAGGGCCCAGAUCCUGUGGAGGAAGCUCGGGCUGCUCUCCACACCCCAUCCCCGCCCCGAGCAAACCGCCAGACACAGAAUCUAAUGAUGGACGAUCUUUCUCGACGACCUGCUCUGUUUUCUCGGGCUGUUGAGCCUGCUCCUCGAAUCCUGACUCAGCCGGAAGACCAGCCAACUUAUCGACCCCCGUUUAUACUCGCGCUCUUCUUCACACCAUUCAAUCUUCUCUACCGUCUGCUUUGCAGCUCUUUCCGGUUAUUUGGAGCUCUAUUCCCCUUCCUGCCGCGUUUCCUCAACGUCACUGCGAACCCAGCACUUCAAGGUGUACGACGAGAUACUCGCGGACGCAGACCCCUCGGCCCCAAAGACACGGCAGCCAGGUUUAUCCGCGAAUUCGAGGAAGAAUACGGCUCUCAUUCCCUUCCGUUCCUGGAAAAUGGAUAUAACAUGGCUCUGGAGAAGGCCCACAGGGAUCUCAAAUUCUUGCUGGUAGUCCUUCUUUCACCAGAGCAUGAUGACACCACAACCUGGGUCCGGGAGACUCUGCUCUCUCGAGAGGUGACAGAUUACCUCAAUGACCCUUCUAACAACUUCCUGAUUUGGGGUGGGAACGUGCUAGACUCAGAGGCUUAUCAAGUGGCCAAUUCCUUGCGCUGCACCAAAUUCCCUUUUGCAUCCGUAAUCGUACACACCCCUAAUGUCUCCUCCACGGCAAUGUCAGUCAUCACGAGGAUAGCGGGCAACACAACUCCCUCUGAGUUCGUCGAGAAACUGAGAACAGCUGCAGCACAGCACCGCGAGCCACUAGACCGGGUUCGUUCAACGCGCGCAGAGCAACAGGCCUCGCGUAGCCUUCGAGAGCAACAGGAUUCCGCAUACGAACGGUCCCUAGCUCAGGAUCGGGAACGAGCGCGACAGCGCCGUGAAGCCGAGGCGGCCCGACAGCGCGAGGAACAGGAAGCUGCCGCAAGAAGGGCGGCAGAAGAGAAAUUGAAGCGGGAUCGGGAGCAGUGGAAGAAGUGGCGCAUACAGUCCCUCCCUGCUGAACCUGGCCCCGACGUCAAGGAUGCUGUGCGUGUAAGCGUCCGAUUACCGUCUGGUGAGAGGGUCAUCCGCAAAUUUGCGGCCGAUGCAGAUAUCGAGGAGCUCUACGCUUUUGUUGAAUGUUACGAUGUUCUUCAGGCGGCUGAAGGGGCAGACGGCACCGAGAAGACGCCAGAACCUGAGGGUUUCGAACAUAAGUAUCCCUUCCGACUAGUAUCUCCCAUGCCUCGGACGGUCUUUGAAGUUGAAGCAGGUGGGUCUGUCCGCGAGCGUAUCGGCCGGGGAGGAAACCUUGUGGUAGAGCCUAUAGAUGACGAUGAGGAGGAAGAGGAGGACGAAUCUUAAAUAUAACAUUAAAUCAUAGCCGCCUUCUGCGAGCCUAUUCAAACCAGACCGUACAGUCAUUCUCGAUACUGACUCAAAUCCACAUGGUCCCAGAUGUCUGUUCCAAUGGUAAUAGGCCGCCAAAAGAAAAGAAGAGAGAAAUUUACCUUAUAU